AUGGCCUCCUUCAAACUUUGCCUCGUCCUUCUUGCACCUGUUUUUGCUUUCCUAUUCCUUUCUAGUCCAGCGCAGUGUAAAGAUGAAGAGGACAGUGUGUUUAAGGGAAUAAAUAGCUACAGGCAAACACUGAACCUCCCACCCCUGAACCGAGUAGCCAAGGCAUCAUGUUUAGCUGAUGAGGUUGCAGAUGAAAUAGAGGACGAGCACUGUGAAAAUGUGAAUCAAUUCUACCCAGCACCUACUGGUCCAGCUGGUGCAAACAUAAAAAUACCAAACUUGCAGAAGCAUAUAGAUAAAUGUGACAUUAACAUUAACACCACCACAGAUGGUGUUAUUCUUCCUGUUUGUGUAGCCAAAUUGGAACCCACUGUUUUGCUUUCUAAUUACACUCAUUCUGAUCGGUACGCACGGUAUCUCAACAAUUCUAGGUACACAGGAGCUGGGCUUGGUUCCGAGCACGAUUGGAUGGUUCUUGUUCUCACUACCAACACAACCACUGGAACUUUCUCUGCUUCAAUUUCUCUGCAUGCUAAACCUUCUUGGAUGGAGUUCUUGCUGUUGCCUUUGCUGCUUGUGAUGAUGAUCAACUAG